AUGUCGGUUGAGCGAAAGGCGGUGUCUCGCCGAGCCUAUGAUUCGCUGAGGGGCACUCAGGCCCAGCCAACCGUUCUCGAGCUGGCUUGGGACACUCGCGCCCGAUAUGCUUUCUUCUCAACCUACAUCGGCGGAUUCACACGCAGCAUGGCCGAAGUCACCCACCACUACAAGACGGCACGAACUUCUGACCACCUCUCGGCGAGUGUGGAAGCAGCCAGUCUGGCGUUCAUGGCCACGCAGCUCAAUAGCAGUCAUCUGAUGCGGCUCGCCAACGGAAGCUACAUCAGAGCAGUCCAGAGACUGGGGCUCGCACUAGAGAAAUUGAGCUCUCAAGAGGCCGAAGAAGCUUUGCAGUCCAUAUUACUCUUGGACAUGUAUGAAAAGAUGGUCCAUCGCGACCCCCAGACCUCGCAGGCUUGGAUGAGUCACUCCAAAGGCGGUUUAUCGCUCAUCCACGCGCGCGCAAACACCAUUUUAUCAAGCCCGACCGGCUGCCAAAUCGCUGCUCGUCUUGUCACUGCCGUGACAGUCAGCUGCGCGACGGUUGCAGCCGAUACCCCGAAAGAACUAGUUACUCUACGUCGCAACUUGGGUUAUCAAGUCAGAAGUCCCAAAUGGAGUUUUCUCGGUGUCCUCGGUCGCGUUUCCAACUUGAAAUUUGAUUUCGAGAAGGGCGCUAUUCUCCAGCGAGAUUUCAUCGUCAGAGCAAAGUGUUUAGACGACCAACUAAAAGCAUUGGAUAAUACAUUACCUCCAACUUGGCAACCUCUUCGGAUACCGACCUCUGCAGACCAUCCGAAUGUUCUCGAUAACUAUUACGACCUUUACGCGGACCAUUAUACUACUCAAGUCGCCAAUGCUCUGCGGCUUCUGCGCCUGAUCCUGUGCUGCUUAGUCAAGCGACACAUACCCGACGGGAGCUAUACCAAUGAGCCCGCUUUCAAGGAUACUAUUCGGCGUUUAACCCGGAAGAUUUGUGCAUCUGUUCCGCAGUUCAUACUUCCUGGCGUGCUUCCAACGAACUCCAUACCAUUCUCACCAGUACAGCUGCUUCAGUGCGGCACGUUUCUGACUCCGCUGUACCUAGUCCACCAGGUCACGGAGGAAGCCCUAGUGAGGGAAUGGAUUCAGAGUUGCAUGGGAUUCAUGUGGGAGUCUGGGGGGCUCAAGGCUGCGAAAGAAGUCGCGGAGCUCAUGUCGAAUAGACCAGAUCUGGAUUACUGGAAUGUUUUUGCUAUGACUGGAAGUUAUGCAUUUGCGGCCUGA